CAUUGAAAUGUCAUUUGAAUGUAAAAAAUCUACCAUUGUUUACCUGCCGCCGCUGUUGGAAUUGCGUUUUUCUGGUUAAAUUACUGUGAUCUAUAACAUUUAAGAUGGUUUACAUCCAUUUUCCAUCAAAUUUAACAGAAGAGGAAAUUAUGCUUCAGACGAAGUAUGCUAAAUUGAAGAAAAAGAAAAAAGCACUCCAAGCUCUCAAAGCGCCGAAACAAGAACCUGAGAAAAAUCUCAUACCGAAACGACCUGCGGAUGCCCGUGAUGCCCGGGAAGUGGCUCGCAAACUGCUGAAAAGCGGUGCUAUUCAAGCUAUCCAGAAACCGCAGCUCAAACAAGAAAGUUCCUUCAAGCGUCCAAAAGGCCAAGAACGUAAACGGUCUCAACAGGAAUCCAGUCCUGGAGCUCAGUAUCAAUCUUUUUCUUCGGUUGAAACACCACCGGCCAAUCCAGUCGUCAGUCCAGAUCCACCAGUGGUGGCUGCGCCUGUCGCUUCGACACCAUCAGUACCAUCGGUGACGGCCGCGCUGACGCCUGCGGCGGAAAAAGAUCCCAGAGUACCGAAUCUCUACCAGCAGUUUGCUAACGAGCGCGACAAAGAAGAACAAGCCGCCUCCAAGGCGGGGGAUUCGCCCCGGGAUAGACCUCGCUCCGGCAAUACGGUGUACGUUUCCGGAAACAAAGUAACGGAGGACUUCCUAAAGAAGCAUUUUCACGAGUUUGGUGAAAUUUUAAACAUUUCGAUGGAAAUCGAAAAGGGAAGAGGUUUCAUAACGUUCUCCAAAACAGAAUCGGCCGACCGUGCUAUCGGAGAAUUGCAUAGUAAAUCCGUUGGUGGCAUACAGUUGCAGGUGCAAUUGGCAAGACGGCAGCCCCAGAUUAAUCCUAUCAAUGACGCAGGUUCGUCAGCUGCUUGGUCAGCUCUUGCUACCAAUCGCUCUCAGAAAGGCAAACACAAGGACAACCGGGAGCUGGUAUGUUACGAUCAUGAUGAUAUGUUCUAAGGGUCAACAGAAAUGCUCUAAUUAGUAAGCUAGAUAAAAGGACAUAACUGUAUGCAGAAGUAUAUGCUGACACGAGUAAUUAACGUGCCGAUGCGUUAGUUAUGAAGUCCGGUCACAGUAAGUAUUGAAAAAUGAUUACAAAUAAUAAAUAAGAAAAUUCGGACCGAAA